GUCAGACAGUGCCACGUCAGACAGUGCCACGUAAGCAGUGCCACAUCAAACAAAGUGCCACGUCAGCAGUGCCACGUCAGCAACAUGACGGACCUGCCAGGCCAACUGGCCAAUGAGCCCAUUGCCGACUACAAAAAGCGCGUCCAUGCUCAGCUCACUGCAAUCGAGGCUGAGGAACAACGCCAGCUAGCAGUCAAGGCUGCCCAGCUACAGGCUGAUGAAGCGGCAACAGCAGAGAAGCUGCGGCUACAGGCCGAAGCACACGCAGAUGCCCAGGCUCGCCGCAAGGAAGCCCAGGCUCUGCUGCAGCGGCAUGAAGCCAAUAGCAUCGAGAAACUCAAGUACUGGCACUUUGAACCGAACGGCGACGAGCCAACACCGGAAGAGCAUCAUAAGGAGUUCAUGGCCAAGCUCGUGAGCAGCAGUGCAUCCUCUAGCCGCCAACUGGAGGAACGCGUUGACCACGUAGUGGCAAUGCUAGGAGACAUAAGUGUCUUCACAGAGCCGGCCACCAUCAGCCAGCGGUUCGAGUUGUUGGACUCCAAGAUCAGUCAGCAACAGCAGACAGACCACAGCCACAACAACAGCUCAGCGAGGCCAUACAAGAUGCCGACGUUCCGGAUCGAGAAAUUUGAUUACUACACACAUCAAGACCCGGUCAUCUGGUGGCAAGGAUUUACAACGGAGUUGGGGAUUCACGAAGUCCCUGACCAUCUGUUCAUCAGUGCUUUGUUCAUCAACACCAAGGGAGGUUGUCAGAUCUGGCUCAGCCACAUGGCAACCAUCCACGGCGUCCAGGUGUCAGACCUAUACAAGAAGGUCUCCUGGGAGGACAUGACAAAGGAAUGGAAGAAGCGGUUCAUCGUCGACGUCGCCCCGACACUCGCCGUCAACUGCAUCUUCACGAUGGCUCAAGGGAGCACACCGACGCGUGACUGGCUCACGAAUUGGCAGAAAAUCGUGGCAACGCCCGAUUUGGACUUGUCAUUUCCGCAUCUGUGGCGUGAGUUCUACAACAGGUCAUGCGCCGCUCUCAGCCUCGCACUGGGUGAUCGCGAGCAGUACAACACUUUCGCAGAGAUCAUCAACAAGGCGAGAGAGCUCAUCAAGACUAACAGGCCGGCUGCACACGAGAAGUCCACGUGGCAACCAACCUAUGUGGAGAAGGUACGAACUGGUCUGCGACAGCAACAGUUCGCUGCAGUCCAUCAGGACAGUGGAGAUAACCCAGCAGCCACUCCAACAUCAAGUGACGGAGAUCAGGUGGCUGUUGUCCAGCCGCGAAGCAACAACAAGUCCCGCAACAAUGGGAAGGCGAAAUCCGCAUCGCAGGCCGAAAAUGGACAACCAGGACAAUUUUCAUGGGUCAAGUUUGGCUUGACCGAGGCGGAGUACAAGCUCGGGAAACUGAGCUCCGCGGAAGGUGAGGCGACUCAACCUUCUACUCCGCCAGAUUCGGCCGCCUUGCUAGCGGCAUCCUGCACAUUUGGGGAGGAUGCGAAUGUCGCAAGUCCUCGGUAUACUUACGAGGAUAAUGCUGUCCACUUGGUUCCACCGCUGGACCAACCGCUCCACGUGCAACAGUCCACCGCAUGCACGGUUUCAUCACCAUCGGCAACCGAUUUGGCAGCUUCGCCGCAAUCUAUCGUCGGGGAUUCGACGUCAUGGUCAAGACUUGAAGAGCUCGACCCGUUGACGUUCACAGACUUCCAGUGGAUGCCCGUUCCCUCGACCGGACGAUUGCCGAAACCGCAUUGCAACGUGCUUAUGGCACAAUUGCGGGACUACUUGCACACUGCAGUACCAGCUCCGUUGAUGGAYGCCGGAGCAGAGGUUGUCGACCUUCACGUUUACAUCGCGAAGAUCGACCACGAGUUCAAGACGCAAUGGUACGACGACAUCGACGCACCAUUGCUAUACGUACGCAUUCAGAUCGGAGAGGCGACCUGCAGUGCCUUCAUCGAUUGCGGAGCGUCUCGCAACUACAUCAGCCAGGACUUCAUGGUGCGCGCCAGCCUUGGCCCACGCGUCCGGAGGAAGCCCCAGCCUACGCAAGUCACAUUGGCGGACGGUCACACGCACAAGUCUAUCGACCGGUGCAUUGACAGCGUCCCAGUGUACUUUGCCCCUCACGCAAGUGAGGCGGUGUCCUUUGAUAUUCUGGACACCAAAUUCGACAUGAUCUUAGGCAUGUCAUGGCUGCGAAGCAAGGAUCACCCAGUGAACUUCUUCAACCGCACCGUUCACGUUCGUGACCGGAACGGAGUACUAGUUUCAUGCACGGUGCCUCUUCCUCGUCCUUCGAUCAGCUACCACGUGGUUUCCGCCGCAAGCAUGCGAGCUUCCAUCAUCAGAGACGACAUCGAGGAGAUGGGGGUGUGUUUUCUCCACGCCCUCCCGCCCCAUGACGCUUCAUCGACGGACUCACCUUCGGAUCCACGCAUCACCGAACUUCUCGAAGCCUACAGCGACAAUUUCGAAGGCCUGCACGGAGUAGUACCGGAUCGACCCAUCCGCCACGAGAUCAUCCUCGAGGACGGGGCCGUACCUCCGCGCGGUUGCAUCUACCGAAUGACCGAGGAAGAGUUAAGUGUGCUUCGGGCACAACUCGACGACCUUCUAGAGAAAGGCUGGAUUCGGCCUAGCUCAUCGCCAUACGGUGCUCCUGUUCUUUUCGUCCGGAAGAAGAACAAGGACCUGCGGUUGUGCAUCGAUUUUCGCAAGCUCAACGCGCAGACGAUCAGGAACGCCGGCCCUCUCCCACGCAUCAACGAUCUUCUCGAGCGAUUGGGCGGCGCCCAAUUCUUCCCUAAGCUGGAUCUCAAGUCAGGGUACCACCAACUCGAGAUUCGUAAGGAGGAUCGCUACAAGACCGCGCUCAAGACACGGUAUGGGCAUUUCGAAUGGCUGGUCAUGCCRUUUGGCCUUACGAAUGCCCCAGCCAAUUUCCAAGCGGCUAUGACAACGGAGUUUCGACACAUGCUGGAUCGGUUUGUACUCAUCUACCUCCACGACAUCUUGGUGCAUAGUCGGAGUUUGGACGAGCAUGUGGAGCACCUGCGCACCGUUUUGGAGCGGCUACGACAAGCCAAGGACAAAGCAAACCGCGACAAGUGCGAGUUCGCACAGCAGGAGCUGGAGUACUUGGGACACUAUGUGACGCCGCAAGGCAUCCGCCGGAUCUUCGCCGACCUUCUCCUCCCUCGACCAACCGACAUUGACGCUGCCUUCUCUCCCGCUUCCGUCCGGAAGUACAGGGAAUUGCUGACUCAAGCCCGCGCAAAUAUGCAAAAGGCUCAAGUCCGCAUGCAGCAGCAAGCCAACAGAAGUCGCGUACCAUGUCCCAUCCGCGCCGGUGAUCUGGUUUGGGUCUCCGCGGAAGAGUUUGCACUGGAACAGGAUGUUUCACGCAAACUGCUUCCCAAGUGGUUUGGACCUUGGUCUGUGACAGCAGCCGCGGGCGAUGAGCCCGAUGGCCCUUCAUUUGUGAUCAACAUUCCAGAGCAUCUGACGGUCCAUCCGGUCUUCCACACCUCGAAGCUGGCAACAUACACGCCAGCCAAGAGCGACGACUUUCCGGACCGACGAUCGCAGGACCCUCCUAUGGAUGGCCAUCAGGAAGUUGACCGCAUCAUCUCAAAUCGCAAGUACGGCAGCAAGCCGCGGCAAUACAAAGUCACAUUCAAAGCAUGCGGUCGCGACGACACUCGGUGGAUUUCAGGCGCAGAUUUGAAAGCAUCCGCACCGCUGAUCUACGCGCAUUAUGAAAAGCGGAGGUUAUGACCAGCCCCUCCCACCCGGACUGUGGUCCCUCCCUCAGACAGACAGCUUCGCCCUCGCAGGUAAGCUCGGUUCUUCAAGGAGGGGGGGGUGUGGCACACUGCGUAGCCACACGGGCCCUGCAGGGCCCGUCCCGGACAUUCAGCCUAAAACCCUAAUUCUUAGGGCUUACAGGCCCCGUUC